AUGUAUUGUGUGUAUUGUGUCAAGGUAUUGUGUAUUGCGUGUAUUGCACACACUGGCACACACAUUGCGGGAGCGUCCUGCAUUUUUGGUUUUAAAUGAUAAAUAGCGGAAGAUGUAUGAUGAAGAUGUGCAAUUAAAGGUCAAUUAACAUCACCUUACUGUUGGAAGACUGGCCGCCGGGGAGCGCCGGACCUGCGCCGGCCGGCCGGCCACUCCUGCGGACUCGCCGGAGACAGCCGCUUAGCUAUGGACCCGACGGCCUUUUACGGUGCCCAGAACGGCCAGAUGGGCGGCAGCAGCGGCAUGUGGCGGCGGCCGCAGCCGGCCUACAGCACCAAUGGCCCGCUGCCCAGCCACCAGGACUCGGGACCCUCGUCGGCCGAUCUCAUCAGGGAGUUUCCGUCGCUGCGCGCGAACGGGUUCGCCGAGCAGCAGGCCCUGUUGCGAGUCUGGUACAACACGUGGUCGCCGGCCGAGCGACUCGUCACACUGUGCGCCAUGCUGGAACAGCUGGCUGACACCCAGGUCACACUGCUGCGUAACCUGCUGCAGGCGCGGUUACAGCACAAGCCCGGUCUGCUGAUGAAGGAGGCCAGGGCCAACAAGCCAGAGGUGGUGUUCCGCGAGUGCAGCGUCAACCCUCCGGAGCAGACGCUGGACUUUCUGCAGGAGCACCUGCCGCUGCUGGCGCUCACGAACCACGAGGCCAAGCCGCUGUACCUGAACGGCGUGAUGCGCGCCGUGAGCGCGGCCAUGAACGGCACGGGCGGCGGCCAGCGGCUGGAGCAGGCGCGUCAGCUGCUCGGCGUGCUGGCCGUCCAUCCGGUGCUCACCAGAGAUGACAAACGUGUGGUGCAGAAGCUGUUCGCCGACUACACGGAGGCGGCCGGCGGCGGCAGCGGCACCUCGCCGGACCGGCGCGGCGCCGCGUCACUGCUCGCCUCCGAGCAGCGGCGGCACAGCGCGUGCGCCGCGUUUGGCGGCGAGCUGCGCGUGCCCAGUCCGGCGUUCAGCCCGCCGCAAGACGCGCCGACCACCGGCGCACCGUCCGCCUGGCAGGGACGCAACCUGCUCAGUCCGAGCCACGCGUCGGAGGGCUCGUACUCGUCCGACCAGAACCAGCAGCAGUCCCAGCAGCGCCUGCGGUCCAACAGUCUGACGCCGCCGGGCACCUACAGCCCGCCGGCCGGCGACCUGCACCCGGGUGACCUGCUGAAUGCGAAGCCGCGCAGCUCGUCCAUCCACCUGGACCACAGCCCGCUGGGGCCGGGCGCGGCGCCGACCGUCACGUCCAGCGGCGGCUCCGGCACCUCCGGCCAGGCCGGCUCGGCACUCCUCUCCGCCCAGUCGGCCGAUAAAAAGUCGUCGGGUGGUCAGCCGCCUCGCUCCAACAGCCACAGCAGUCUGAGCGACAUCAGCCGCGACAAGGCCUUCUCCGUGCGCGGCAGUGGCACCACCACCGUUCCUAAGUGGCUGCACAAGCUCCGUUUGCACAAGUACACGUGGAUAUUUGCCGGUAUGACGUACGAAGACCUGUUCGAUGUCACCAUGGAGAAGCUGCUUCGUCUGGGCGUCACGCAGGGCGGCGCCAAUAAGUUGCUGAGGAACAUCCAGGAGCUCAACGACCGAGCGCAGAAGCUCAAGGACCUGGAGCAGGGUCUGACCGAGAACAAGAUAUUCCUGAGCGCGGCGCUGGAGAUAAUGCAGGUGAUGGUGGUCUCGCCGAUGCGGCCGCACAAGCCGCGUCUCUCGCCGUCUCCGGCGCCGUCCGCGCCCACCCCGCCCACCACGUCAGCCACCGGUACACCGCUGAUCCGCGUCACACGCUCUGACGACUCUGAGGAGCCCGCCUCGCCUCCGGCCGGCCCGCCCGUGCCGACCACCACCACUGCCGCAUCCACGGGCACUGCGUCAACCACCACUGCUACUACCACUAUCAGCGGCAGCGGGCAGGGAGACCCUCCGCCGGCCGCCGGCAGUGCUAACACCUCCGGAGAGGCGGACCUGCAGGCGCUGAUGACGCGCGUGCUGGCCAAGAUGUGCACCCAGCUGCUGGUGACCCAGUCGGCUGACGAUGAGGCGAUCCAGACGUUCCUCUGGGUGCUCGACGAGGCCACCUGGCACGAGGCGUUCAACGACGCUCAGCGCAGGAAGUUCGUCACCUGGAAACGGCAGAUCAGUCUCGAGCUCGGCCGGAGACAGGUGUUCCCGCCACCGUUCCGGCGCCACUCGGACGCCCGGCAGUACCACUCUCAGCGGCGGCACAGCGACGCGCGCGGCUACGGACGCCGCUUCCCGGCCUCCUCCGGGUCGGGUCGCGCCGCGCCGCCCCACUCCGGCGGCUUCAUGGGCGGCGGCGGUGGCGGCGGUGGCUACCCGGCGCCCAGUAUCGGGUACUGGGGCGGCGCGCCGACCGGCGGCGGCGGGCAGCUGCCGGCGGCGGUCCGCUCCCGGGGCGCACCGUCAUCACUGAGCCCCGGCUCGCACGGUGUGCACUUCCCGCGCCGCACCAGCCUGCAGGAGAGCGUACUGGAGGUGCCACACCUGUCCAGUCUGUACCGGACCAACUCUGGCGACAUCUACCGGCCGACGGCGGGCACCCACUUCUCGGCGCCGCCGCCCACCUACGGCUCGGGCCGGCUGGCCACGCCGGCCCUGCAGUCGAUCCCGGCUGCCGCGCCGCCGCCGCCGCCGCCCCCGCCCCCGCCGCCGCCGGCCGCCGACCCGGCCGGCCGACUGGACUCGCUCGAGAGCAUCUGCCGCAGCGUGUGUGAGACGGCGCUCAAGUAGAGGCGCGCGCCGAGUGGCCUGCCAUUGCGCGGUAUCCGUGCCGAGACGGUGGACCGGGGCCGGGGAACUGAGGCUGGGCGCCCGCCCGGCCCGCGCCGCUGUGAUAUCUCCCCCUGGGCGUCUGCCCACGGCCGAUGGCGCCGGACCCGUCCGCCGGCAGUGAGUGUCGGACGGCCCGUCGGAGGGAGUGAGGCUCCCGCCGUCCGCCGUCGUGCUCUGCCGACCUCAGUCGCCGCCGCUGCCCGCCCGGCGGCCUGCCGGUGGCGCCGGCCGCGCCCGGACCCCUGGCCGUUUUUAUGGCCGGGUCUGGGCCCAGACGUUUGUCGUCCGCUGUUGAAAGUUGAGCUUACCUUUGUGAUGGUGUAGCUGCCACCAUUUUCGCUGCGCCGCCAGCGCUGGAGGCCGGGGCCUGCCGUCGACGGUUUGUCGCUGUUUAAUUGUUAGAUGUUUGUCUGUGGCGACGAACUGAUUUGUUGUAACAUCAUGUCCAUGACUGCGCGCAAAUUUUUCGCUUUCCUACUAACAACCACUGACUGUUGUGUGUGUGCGCACGAGAAGCGGCCGCGAUGGCUUGGUACGCUCGGUUGUGUUGUGUUUACACGUUAAGGCGGGUUAUUUGUGCGCUUCUCCCUGGACUGGCGCGGCGCCGUCGGCCCCGGCUGUUACGUGUGUUCGUGGAUGGCUUGCGCUGUGCUGGUGGGGGCGGACGGGGACUGAAAGUGUCACUGAGGUGUGUGCACCGCGAGCUGCUGAGGCGGCCGGAGCUGGGAGUGUCUGAUCGUCAUGGGGAUCUAAAACGCCAUGCUGUGUAGCUAGGGCGGACGGGCGCGGCUCGGCCGCGAGGCGCGUCUUGCUCAACACGAGUCGAGGGGUCACCCCGGCGUCCGAGGGUGUACUGCGGCGCCCCCAGCGGCCGGAUCUCGCCGAGUGGCGGCGGCGGCGGCGGAGGCGGGCGCCGCCAGCGCCGAUCUUUUUGUAGUGUGGUGUUGACCGGCUGCGCUGGGCACCAAUACAGUGUCCUGCUUAGUGCCUUGUGAAUGGCGAUGGCAGUUGGACUUUGAACGGGUGCGGGAUUCACUGAGGGUGAAAAGUCGAGCUGGUAAAGUGUUAAAUGGUUAAUUUUUUGAAAGCCUAUUGAUGGUCUGAAUUGUCAAUGUUGGAUGUUGAUCCACUGUCUAUGACUAUUCACAAUAUAAGAUGAUGAGCAA